AUGCCUAUCAUUGUGCAUGAUGCCGUCGUACUUGAAGAUGCGACAUCUGCGGCGUCACCCGAAGCUGGUACCGUGCCCGCGACAUCUGCGGCGUCGCCCGAAGCCGGUGCCGUGCCCGCGACAUCUGCGGCGUCGUCCAAAGCCGGUGCCGUGCCCGCGCCGUCGCAAACAGCCAAAGUGAAUGCCGUGCCAGCGACACCUGCGUCGUCGCCCGAAGCCGUUGCCGUGCCUGAGCCGUCGCAAACAGCCGAAGUGGAUGCCGUCCCUGCGCCGGAGGAAGUCGCGCAAGUUGUUGCGCCGCCACUCCAAGUUGACGUUCUCGCUACUGGCGACGACGAUCGUGUCGUUGCGCAAGGCCCACAAACUUCAUGA